AGUUUUAGAGAACGCGCGCCGUCAGAUAAAGGAAGCGCGCACACGCGGAUUAUGUAGAAGCGCUCGCGAAGGGAAGGAGGGAAGUCCGCAUCUCAGCAGCCACUGACCUGAACACAGCAGUCAGAGAGCAUCAUGGGAGGAGCAGUGGUGGACGACGGGCCCACUGGGGUGAAGGCACCAGACGGCGGCUGGGGCUGGGCGGUAUUGGCCGGCGGCUUUGUCAUCACUGGCUUCUCCUACGCUUUCCCCAAGGCCGUCAGCGUCUUCUUCAAGGAGCUGAUCCGAGAGUUUGAUGUCGGCUACAGCGACACCGCCUGGAUCUCGUCCAUACUGCUGGCCAUGCUGUACGGCACAGGUCCUCUGUGCAGCGUGUUGGUGAACAGGUUUGGCUGUCGACCAGUGAUGAUGGUCGGAGGGCUCUUUGCUUCACUGGGAAUGGUUCUGGCCUCCUUUGCCACCAGCAUCAUACACAUCUACCUCUGCACUGGAGUUAUAACAGGUCUCGGCCUGGCGUUGAACUUCCAGCCGUCUCUGAUAAUGCUGAAUCGCUACUUCAGCGAGAAACGUCCUCUGGCCAACGGCUUGGCGGCAGCGGGCAGUCCUGUGGCACUCUGCUGUCUCUCCCCACUGGGACAGAUUCUCCAGCACCAUUAUGGCUGGAGAGGGGGGUUCCUCAUCCUGGGGGGGCUGCUGCUCAACUGCUGUGCCUGCGGUGCCCUCAUGAGGCCCCUGGUGCCCCCUAAGAAGCCCCAGGAGCUGGAGCUGAAGCAGUGCUCUCCCGCAGCUGCAGAGGAGGAGGAGAAGCCGAAGAAGAAACUGUUGGAUUUCAGCGUGUUCAAGGACAGAGGAUUUGUCAUCUACACCGUCGCAGCGACUAUCAUGGUGCUGGGCUUGUUUGUGCCCCCUGUGUUCGUGGUCAACUACGCUAAAGCCCUCGACUACGAGGACACCAAGUCAGCAUUGCUGCUCACCAUCUUGGGAUUUGUUGAUAUGUUUGCUCGGCCCCUGGCAGGACUUGUAGCAGGCACAAAAUGGGUACGGCCCAGAAGUGUCUACCUGUUCAGCUUUGCCAUAAUCUUCAACGGGGUCACUGACCUCAUAGGAUCACAGGCGAAAGACUAUACAGGUCUGGUGGUCUUCUGCAUCUUCUUUGGUAUUUCGUAUGGCAUGGUGGGAGCGCUUCAGUUCGAGGUCCUCAUGGCUAUCGUAGGGACGGAGAAGUUCUCCAGUGCCAUCGGCCUGGUGCUGCUGAUGGAAGCCAUGGCCGUACUAGUGGGACCUCCUGGAGCAGGUCGCCUCUUGGAUUACACAAAGCAGUACAUGCACGUCUUCCUGUUGGCGGGCUGCGAGGUCACACUGUCUGCCAUUGUCAUCGCCCUGGGCAACUUCUUUUGCAUCAGCAGAAAACAGGAAGAUCCGGCGGCGAAGCUCGAGAUGGCUGUGAGUGAUGCAGAGAGGGAGGGGCUGAACCGUGGCGUGGAGGGCGAGGAAGAAGGCGAGGAGGAGCCAAAGGGGAAAGAGAACGGAGAAGUCGGAGCUGUGGAAGUCGGGGAGGUGAUGAUGGUGAAGGAGGAGUGUGAACAGGAAAACACCUCACUAUGAAGUUAAAGACGAGUGAUGAGAAAAGACAAACUAUGCACCAAGAUGGGGAGACACAUAAAAAGUGCGGGAUAUGGUCUGUGGCAAAGAGAUGGAGCGUGAAGCUUUCCAGAAAAAGAGGGAACAAAGCAUUACUGUAAGAUAUAGAUAAUACCUGGGUGAGAUCAUUUGUCUGUACUGCUGUCUACUCAGAUACACGUUACAUUUUAGAACAAAGACAUUUCCAGUUUUUUUGUCCUGUUCUCAGCACAGUUUUUUCUAAUACAGUUCCUGUUGUUGUGGUAUUCUACUUUCCAUUUACCUGAUGAUUUCAAAUAAGUUGACAGAAAAAAAACUUCACUCAAGUUCCACUUACUGGCUUUUUCUGGAGCUCUCAACCACCCUGCCUUUAAGAAUCUGGCCAGUCCGAGUGCAGUCAGUCCCCCUGUAAAGCGCCAUGCUUAGUUCACAUAACGACAACUCCAUUCACUAACAAGGUCUGUGAGAUGCUCUGGAAAAAGGUAUCAAUUGGACACAGUGUUAAGAAUAAAUUAUCAAGAAUGACUUUUCACACUCAAAUAAUGUACUUGUUGCACUCUUUUGCUUUAUUUAUUGCAAGUAUUUAUUGACAUGACAAGUUACAUUCAAAAACUUGUAAAAACUUAUAAAAAUGAAACGGUUGAAUAUUUGGGGCACUUAACAUGCACCCUGGCAGCUGUAUUACAUACUGUAGCUGUUCACACAUUGUUGAGAUGUCUGUUUUGUUGUCUGAUCCACGAUUGCUGUGUGCUACUUUGUGAGACUUCCUCCGGUUGCUGUCUGAGACUAUAACACAAUGGUACAAACCUGGAUUGUUAGUCUCAGUGCAGUGUACCGCUGCUGAUGAAUGUAUGUCUGCUGUGAUCUGUGUGCUCUGUGCCUUCUAUGUAUGUGUUCAGUGGGUGACGAACGUAGCACACACCCAGUGCACUUACACUGCUGUAUUUCUGAGUGAUAUCUAACACAACAUGGGCAUGUGUUUCCCAAAUAAAUAUUUUUUCUGUUGAGUAAAA